AUGGCAAUCAAAAGCCAAGCCUUAGCUGAUCUCCUUGCUCAAUUUCCAAGUGGUGACUAUGAACCAGUGAAUGAAGAAUUGAGAGGAGAGCUGCAUGCAGUUAUGGCUUCUGAGGAAAGCUUUUGGACAUUGAGCUUUGACGGAGCAGCAACCAGAGCCGAGUAUGAGGCUCUUAUUUUAGGCUUGAUAGCAGCAGAGAAGCACAGUAUCAAGAAGAUUCAGAUUCAGGGGGACUCAAAGCUGAUAGUGAAGCAAAAGGUCGAAAUAGAGCAUGUGCCUCGCUCUGACAACAAGUUUUCAGAUGCCCUCGCAACAUUAGGGGCAAGAGUUGACAUUCUAGAGGAAGAGGCGACAAUUGUUAUCAAGAAGAGAACAGAACCUUCAAUAAUACCCGAGGACAAAGACCUUCCAGAGGACUGGAGAGGAGAAGUCCUCGAACAACUCAGAAGCAAAGUUGGAAAACUGACUAUGGCCAAGCUUGCCCAAUUCAUAAUAAUUCAAGGUGAACUUUACUUCCGAGGAGGUACCAGAUUCCUAGCCCGGUGUGUUGGCCAAAAAGAAGCAAGCUUCUGA